AUGAGCAGAAGCACGUUCGCCUCUCUGGUGCGGCGGCGCGAGCACGCCGGCGGCUCGUCCGACGUCCGCGGCGCCCUGGUCGACCGCGGCGCCGACCCCUGGAUAGCCUCGCUGGGCGUCAGCCCGAGCCGCGAGAUCCGGAGCCGGCACCGCAACGCCGUCCUCUGUAUGGACAUCGACCCCGUCGAGGGCAGGUACCUCCUGAGCGGCUCCCUGGACCCGACCGUCGCGAUCUACGACCUCCAGGCCGCGUCCCCGCCGCCCCAGCGGCCCCGCGCGGCCGCCGCGCCGCUCCCCGUGCACGCGCCGAUCGUGCGCAUCGGGCGUAGCCACCAGCACGCGCACCGCUUCGGCGUCACCGCGUGCGAGUGGUACCCCGUCGACUCCGGCGUGUUCUGCACGGCGUCCUUCGACGGCACCGUCCGCGUGUGGGACGCGAACGCCGAGAGCGUCGCGUGCGCGUUCCAGCUCGACGACCGCGUCGAGUGCGCGGCGAUAUCGCCGCCGACGGCGCCGCAGUGCCUCGUGGCGGCGGGCGCGGGGACGACCGCGCGGCUCUGCGACCCGGUGUCGGGCGCGCUGACGCACACCUUCGUGGGACACGCGGGCCGCGUGCUGUGCGUGCGGUGGCUGCCGGCGUCGGGGUUCGUGGUCGCGACGGGCAGCAGCGACGGGCAGGUGCGGCUGUGGGACAUCCGCCGCGCGGGCACGCUCGCGAUGCUGGACUUAUACCGCACCGCGGCGGAGUCAGGGGCGGGCGUGGUUGGGGCAGGCGACCGCGGCGGAGGGGCCGCGGAGCACGUGGAGGUGCCGUCGUGGUCGACGAGCCGCCGGCGCGCCCUCGUGCGCGCGCACGACGGCGCGGUCACCGCGAUCGCGACCAUGCCGGACGGCAGGUCGCUCCUGACCGCGGGCACCGACAGCGAGGUGCGCCUGUGGGACCCCGGCGACGGCGCGCGCGUGUGGCGCAACCGGCUCAUAUCCUUCCCGAGCGCGUUCAACCGCGCGUCGCGGCAGCGGCAGGUCGCGAUCGGGUGCCGGCACCUCUUCUUCCCGUCGGGCAGCGCCGUGCAAGUGUACGCGCUGGACACGGGGCGCCCGAAAACGACGCUCAGGGGGCAGAUGGACACGAUCAACACGUGCUGCUGGGUGCCGGAGCACGGGGCGCUGGCGUCGGGCGGCGCGGACGGCACGAUCCUGCUGUGGGAGCCGACCAAGACCGCGGACGAGAAGGUGUUCGAGGAGAGCGCGCAGCAUGACGGGUCAGACUGGUCGGACUCAGACUAG